UUAAACCUAAGCAAACGAUAGCCUGGGGCUGUAAGUCACGGACGCUUUUCUAAGUGAGAAGACAGGAAGACCGGUGGGAAGUUUCCUCUCCAGGAGUCUCUGUGGAGAGACCAAGGCAUAGAAAUAGCCACCUGCCACCUGACCUGAAGCAGAAGCCAGUGACAGCCUCAAACAGGUCCACCAUGUGCAGUACCAGUGUGUGUGACCUGGAAGAUGUGCCCCUAGACGACGAUGACCCAGACAGCUUAGAAUUCAAAAUCCUGGCAUUCUAUGCCAAACACCAUGUCUUCAAGAGGCCCCCUGCUGUCACCUCACCCAAGAUGCUGAGAACAAGAAGCUUGUCCCAGCAGGGCCUGGGGAAUCGGUCAGCCGAGUCAUGGACACAGGUGUGGCCUUACAGAAAUUCCUCAUCCAGCGAGAAGGACAUAAACCUGGGCAAAAGAAAGUAUUCUUGGAGAGCACUAUUUGGAGUAACAGAGAAGGAGGAAGAGCCACAGAGCUCACCAAGGGAGAUCCGUGCUGAGGCCCAAGGACUAGUGGAAUUUCAGUCCGAAGGACCAGUGAUACCUCAGGCUGGACACCGCGGUCAGCAAUGGUCCAAGUCCCUUUCCAACGUGGCACAGCACAUGGAGAGUGAAGCUGUGGACCCCAGAGUUGCUUCCAUCGCCAACCGAGUGUCUGAAAUCGUGUACUCGUGGCCCCCACUAGAGGAGACCCAGGGAAGACGCUUCAAGUUCAAAGAUACUUUUAGAGCACAGGGUUUGCAGUUGCAGUCUGGACGCUCAGAACCUAGAGCUGCAACUUCUAAGAAAGAUUCAGAAGAUGAAAUAAUAGCCAAACUUGUUGAGAUACUGAAAUAUUCUGGGGACCAGUUGGAAAAACAGUUGAAGAAAGACAAGGACUUGAUGAGCAGCUUCAAGGAUGGGCUGUCCUACCCUGUUUUCAAGACCAUCACCGACCAGUUCCUAAAGUGUGUCGACACCAGAGGAGAAUCAGAAGCCAAAGCCCAAGGCUUCAAAGCUGCCCUUGCAAUAGAUGCCAUGGCCAAGCUCACAGCUAUUGACAACCACCCAAUGAACAGGGUUCUGGGCUUUGGAGCCAAGUACCUGAAAGAGAACUUCUCAUCCUGGGUCCAACAGCAUGGUGGAUGGGAAAAAAUACUCGGGAUAUCACUUGAAGAAGUAGACUGAAAUAUCAUCUGGAAUAUGUAUCGUUCAGUGGUUAUUCUAUGUACGUGGGUCUCAGCACAGGCCGGGAGAGAACAUUCAGAGGUGCAAGACAGAUGGAGCUCUGAGGUCAUUACUCCUGUGACUCAAGCAGCAUCAGGAGAAGCCUUGCUGUCUCCAGCACAGGGGACACAGUAGCACCGUUUUUUUUUUCAGGUCCUCCACUGAGUGUGUGAAGCAGCCUACGAUGAUUAGUGGUAAUUUUGCUUUCAAAUGUUCAAACAGAAACCAUCCUCCUGCCUCUGUUGGCUAUGUUAGAGAAAGUGUAUUCCCUAUGUCUGUUGACCUCAUGAGGGUGAAAUGAUAAACAGCUUGUGCUUACUGUUUUAGUUUCUAGGACUAUUUUUAAAAUACUUUGGACAGCCUAAUAAUGACGUUUUUAGCCUCCCCUUAGGAAUAUAUUGCUAUGUAUGUCAGUAGACAUAGCCUAACGAAACUCUGAAGUCCAUUGUUAUAUCCACUAGUUUGGGAAGUUAUAGUUGUGCAUGUCUUUUUGACCCAUUUUGUUGUUCACAGUUUGAAAAACAUCCAUUUGGCACAAAAACCAGAGUGCUCAUCACCUCCACUUUCUCCUGCAUGACUCGCCUCACUUCACAAGGUCUCUGGGACUUCCUUCAUUGUUCUUUGUGGUGGUGUAAUGAUGGGUAGCCGGAAAAAUAAAUGCACUGAAGCACUCCUGUUAAGACAGUAAUAUUCUGGUUAAGAUGAAUAGUAAGUAGUAGUACUAGGGUUUCUCUGGGGAUUGAUUAAUUUACAUGAAGUACU